AAGUAACCUUGUGGUUGGUAGGAUUUGAAACUUGUGUUUUGUUGGUUUGAUUUUCGUUGACUAAACGACUCCUAGAGUACCACCACCUUCAGUGGGCCUAAAGGCCUCACCUCGCCUGACAUUCAAGUUGUGUGAACAACAGACAACCGAUUUCAUUUGUUUUCUUUAAUGCUUUUGCUUGAAUAAUGGGUUGGGGUUUCAAUACAUGCGGGCCGAACGAGGCUAUGGUCGUGUCUGGUUAGUUUCUAUUCAUUUAUUUUGAGUACACACAUUAUCUCAGGCUGCUUUUACAAACGUCCCCUUCUGGUUCCUGGUGGGCGGGUAUUUGUAUGGCCAGGUAUACAAAGAAUCGAAAGAAUUCCAUUGAAUACAAUGACUUUAAUCAUUGAAAGUCCAAGAAUCUACACUCAACUAGGCGUACCGAUUACAGUGACUGGUGUUGCACAAGUAAAAAUCAAUGGGACUAAUAGAGAAAUGUUAGCAGCUGCAUGUGAACAAUUCCUGGGUAAAUCAGAGAAUGAAAUACGUGAAAUAGCUCAAGAAACUCUUGAAGGUCAUCAACGUGCUAUCAUGGGCAAUAUGACAGUUGAAGAAAUCUAUAAAGAUCGAAAGAAAUUCUCUAAAGCUGUUUUUGAAGUCGCCAGUUCUGAUUUAGUCAAUAUGGGAAUUAGUGUUGUUAGUUUUACGCUGAAAGAUAUCAAAGAUGAUGAGGGUUAUUUAAACUCACUAGGAUUGGCAAGAACAGCUCAAGUGAAGUGUGAUGCACGUAUCGGUGAGGCUGAAGCACGUCGUGAUGCUGGAAUUAAAGAAGCUGAAGCUGAGAAACAACGUGUUGCUGGUCGACUCUCGAAUGAUAUUGAAAUAGCUAAAUGUAAACGAGAUUUUGAGUUGAAGAAUGCCAGUUAUGAAAAAGAGGUGCAAGCACGUAAAGCUGAAUCGGAAUUAGCUUAUGAAUUACAAGCCGCAAAAGUGAAACAAAAAAUCAAAGAAGAAGAAAUGCAAAUCACUGUGCUUGAAAAAACUCAACAAAUUCAAGUAGAAGAGUUGGAAAUUGUACGACAAGAACGUCAUUUAGACGCAACUAUACGUAAACCAGCUGAAGCUGAGCGAUUCCGUUUAGAACGACUAGCCGAAGCGGAUCGUUUACGUUUAAUUGCUGAGGCUGAAGCAGAAGCCGAAUCAAUUCGAUUACGUGGUCGAGCUGAAGCGGAAGCACUAGAGGCCAUAGCACAUGCUGAAGCAGAACAAAUGGCUAAGAAAGCAGAAGCGUGGAAAAAUUAUCAGAAUGUCGCCAAAUUAGACAUGGUCUUACAAUCAUUACCAAAAAUUGCUGCUGAAAUCAGUGCCCCAUUGACUAAAUGUGAUAAAGUGACAAUGGUGUCAACAGGUGAUGGAGAAAUUGGUGUAGCAAAGUUAACUGGAGAAUUAUUUACAAUUAUGAAUAGUCUACCACAAUUGAUACAAUCAAUGACUGGUUUAGAUAUUUAUAAAAAUAUCAAGACAGUAUAGGAAAAAUUAAUCCUCGGCAAGGAGGAAGUAAAGAAGGCCAACACCCUCGGAGAAGACAAUCAUACAACUGACUUAAUUACUUAUUUACAAUAUAAAUUAUUGCGUAUAAAGCGAACUGUGGAAUUAUUAACUUCCUUUCUUUCUUUCUACUUUUGUCUGUCAGUUAAGAAUGAUAAUGUUUAUUACUUCAUUUGUUGUCGCCUACUUGUGAGUAGUAUAAUGGAAUACAAUAAAAAAACUUUAUGAAUCGAUGACG